ACAGUUGCUGGGGAAACGUCAAAUACCCGCCCCGGGGAGGUUCACAUUCAGCCACCACUGCGCCUAAAGAUCAGUGGCAUUGACAUUUUGUAGUAACUGAGGAAAAACAAUAACUUGUCAUACGAAAAGAUGGCAGACCCAGCAACAGACAAAGUGCUUAUAACAGAGACGGCUGAACUGUCUUCACGUUCUGUGCCAUCCUACUUUGACCCCUAUGAGCGCUCUGUAAAAUACAUGGAAAGUCAUCAAAUUCUUCAGAUCUUUCAGGAGAUUGCUGAGAACCUGGUUUUUGACAGGCCAGACGAUCCUCUUCAGUUCAUGUUAGAACAGGUACAAUUGAAGAUUCGAAACAGAGAAGAAUCCAACUGCAAACCAGAGAAAAUAGAGUAGGCUAGCAGCCUGUUCUACCAUGCACUGCAGAAGACACCUGCGUCAUUCAAUCAUGAGUAAAACGUAAUUCAUUGCUCACAGUGUCGUCUGUAUAUCUCCGGGGGGACUCCAAAUCACCAGCGAGCAUAGGCCAUUCACAGGAAUACACAUUGGCUAUGUUACACUAUAAACUGCCUCAGCAAUCUAUAGACCAAGUCUUAGUAAAAUGGCAAUGAUUGUGAAGUAGGCUAGCUAUCUUAUAGUCCAAAUGACAAUUUAGCAAGACCAGACAUACAAACAACCUUGUGAUACAAUUUUGAUAUCUCAAAUGCAGAAUAACUUCAUUGCAACAGAAGUAUACAAAUAAAUAUUAUUAUUAUUUAGUAUCCCAGGCAGACUGUUCAAUGCUCAGCCAGUCACCAAAUAGGCUAUUCAGAUGAGCCACUAUAAUGAAGCAAUCUGUGUUUAGACGUUUUCAAGACAUUAAGUCAAAGUUUCAUAAAUUGUAUGUUAGAGUUCAUUAAAAAGCAUUAACAACAUGAAUCAAAACAAAAUGAUUGAUUCUCUUUUAAUCUUUUGAGAAUGAUGAUUUUUUUCUCUAUCUCUAUAAUGUAUUGCUAUCAUCUGGGCACCUAGCCCUUCCCUUGAUAUUAUCAUUUUUUCCUCUUUCUUCCUCCACUUUUUCAUUUGAGAAAAACGUACUGUACUCUGCCUGUGAAGGAAUGGCCACUACAGGCCCUUGUGCUAUCUGUCUGCUACAGCAACACAUCGACCUUGAAACUCCUGAUGCGUUUCAUUUAAUUUGAGUAAGCCCCUGUGGCACCACAGCGUUGUAAAUAAUGAGACUCUGGGGAAACAAUAAUUCUUCAGAAUUUAAAUUCAAAGUAAUUCUUCAGAAUUUGAAUUCUAUCUUCUUUAAGCCCAUCACUGAUAAUAGAUAGGACCAUGGUAACUAGGUCUGUUAGCCAUCAUAGCAAGAGGACUGAAGAAAGUGCCAUGUUAUGUCACCAUGGAGACAGACCUAUACCAUGUGUAGUUCACAUAGUAAUAGAUCAAGUGAAGCACGCUAUCUGAUCUAUGUUUUUCAUGUUUCAAGGUGUAAUUGUAAAGACCGCAAGCCAUGGCAGAUGGAGAAAACAGAAAAACAUAAUGCUAUGGUUAUAACGAGUGAUCAUCCAGUUAUGACAUACUGUAUGCUGUGGAUAACUUUAAACCAAGAACCUGGUCAUACUUUCACAUUUCAGAAUAGGCCUAGGCAUACUCAGUUGGCACUUGGCAGAACUGUUAUAAGUGAGCAGCCUACAUGAAAUUUAUCAACAAUGACAACACUUUUUGGACCAGUUUCCCAAUUUGGUGGUCCACUAAGUUUUGGUUUUGCGGAAAUACAGUCAUUAAAGUUGAGAAGCAACUGUGUUCCAAGGUGGUAUCUUGGGUCACUUUUGUUUUGUUUGUCACUCAGGAUUGUCUUGCUUUUACAAUAAACACUCAAAACUAACCAAACAGGUUUCACAAUCUCACGUUACUUCAAUGAAAGACCAGUCGUGGGGAGCGUUCAUUCUUUAUUUGGUUGUGGAUGUGUCUCACAGGUCACUCCGUUUACCGAGAGAAGAAACAUGACACCUGAUUUGGACACCAAGGACCGCUGCUUUAGGGCCUUGCUUAUCCAAGGCAAUUUGGUCAUUGCAUGCUGCGGGAUUGCCUUGAUGGCCAUGUGUAUCUUCUUCAUAUCGGAUCGAGCCGGAUUGUAUGUUUUGGUCUAUGCUACAGGAAAUGACAGCAUCUGGAGGGGAGCCUGGAUAGGCCUUUUCACUGGGUUUGCCCUUUUCUGCACAUCGAUCUUUGGAAUGCACGCCAUAGUUGUGUCCAAAAGAAAUAUCCUACUUGCUUACAUCCUCCUGAUGGUGAUCAUAUAUGCAUUUGAGGUGGCAUCAGCUAUUACUGCUGCAACACAUAAAGACUGGUUUGUCCCUGACCUCUUCCUGAAGCAAAUGCUACAGAACUACAACAAACCUCUACCAGAUAAUCUGCCCAGCACCCAGGACCAGAUCUAUGUAAUCAACGGGAUAACAGAAGCAUGGAACCGGUUCAUGACUGAGUCUAAGUGCUGUGGAGUGUACGGGCCAGAGGAUUGGGUGAAGUAUGAGUCCCACUUCAGGCAGCAGAACACAGAUGCUGAUCAUCCUUGGCCCAGACAAUGCUGUCAGCAGGAUGCUAUGGGAACCAUCAGCCAUUUAGAAGCCUGCAAAAUUGGGGUUAGCCCUUUCCUGCAUGCACAGGGUUGUUAUGAUUACAUUGCUGGUCCUUUGAUUAGACACAGCUUUGGAGUCUCAUGGUUUGGAUUCGCCAUAUUGUGUUGGACAUUCUUUGUGAUACUGGGAGUCAUUUUCCACUACACUCAGUUGGAUAUCUGAGGAUGACCAACAAAGAAAGCUUCAAAUAAACUUCAGUUCAGACCUACCAGUAAAGAAGUAAUGCAAAUAUAAUGAUCAACUAAUAACCUUACAAUUCAUUACAUUUUAAUGUCUCUAAUCAAAAUGAAAAGAACCAAUAAAUGUACUAAAUACAA